UUGAGUACGUAGUACGUGUGCUUUACAGCCUUCACAGUGGUUAGCCAACGCUAAAGCUGGAGUUAGAGUCAUGGUGCUGCUUGAAAAUGAUUCGUUUCUCACAGAGCUCACGCGACUGUUCCAGAAGUGCAGAACAUCUGGCAGUGUUGUCAUCACGUUAAAGAAGUAUGACGGGAGGACCAAGCCAGCACCCCGAAAGGGCCACACGGAUUCAUUUGAACCAGCAGACAACAAAUGUCUCGUCAGGGCAUCUGAUGGCAAGAAGAAAAUUAGCACAGUGGUCAACACCAAAGAAGUAAUCAAGUUUCAAAUGGCAUACUCCAAUCUCCUUAGAGCUCACAUGGAUGGACUUAAGAAGAAAGAUAAGAAAAGCAAAAGCAAGAAGACCAAAGCCACCCAAUGAGAGACAGACUCUGUAACAUAACCAUGGGGACCCGAACUGGCCUGUGUGAUCCUAGGGAACGGCAAAGGCCUUCACUUGGUCUGUCGCCGCACCCCGCUUUUGACCCGUUCACCCGAGGCCUCAGACUCGCUGUUCAUCCACCCGGUGACCACUUUGAUAUUGUGCCAUUGUUUGCACGGUAAUGUCUAAUCGCUGGCAUUUCGGUGCCAUUGGAACCUGAGGAUUUCUCGUACAGGACGAAGCAAGUCAACUUUACUGAAUCUCCACCAUUUCUGCUUCGGAACCAGGUCAUCAACAGCUGUGUCACCCCUGGUGCCAAAUCCAUGGAGCCCAAUGAUUACCUGCCCUUCAUACUAUUUAAUUGUUAGAGUCCACAUUAUGUUAUAUUUACGGCUGACCUGUGAGCUCUGCUGCCGUGUUUCUAUUUGACCUUUUAUCUUAAGAAGAAUUCAUUGACGGUUGUAUCUUCUUUUUUUUGUUUAAUAAUUGAAUAAGCAAUGAAAGCCAAGUUGCUUCAUACACAACUAAAUCAGAGCAGAUUUGAUGUAUUUUGAAAAAAAGUUUUACUGUAUUGGAGAUGAAAGUUUACUUUAUUCAAUGAUCUUAUUUUACCUCCUGAAGCACAAUGAAUAUGAAUAUUUUUGUUUUGAUUCAGUUUCAUACCAAGCUAUCUUAAACUGCUGAACCCGAAGAAAAUAUGUCGUUUCAGUUAAUGUGGGUAAUUAUGACAUGACAAGAAAUGUUAAAUGUUGAUUUUUAUUGAAAGGCAUGUUUGUUAUGAAUACAGAGACAAAGUUUUGUCUAAUUCUAAUAACGUCAUUUCCGUUCAUCACAAUUGCACAGCAGGUUGAACUACAGCUGGUCUAUAUUGUCAGACAUUUGUAUCGUGCUCCCGGGUCCUGAACUCAUGGAAGAGGACUGCAGCAGAAGUUAAGUUCAGAAAUAAAGUGCUCUGUUGAAAGUCACUGCAAAGUUUGCUUUUUGUCCAUUUUGAGUAAGGGUCAAACAAUGCCUGCGCUAAAUGAGUGAUGUAGAAAAGGAGACGGUAAAUACACUAUAUACAUUUAGACUGUUCUGUGCUGUACUGGUAGAAGCAGUCUGACUUGUGAUUGAAAGAAGAAGCCCCUCAAAGCGCCGUGUUCUUCUUGUCCGGCCUGUCCUUCGGGGAGAGUGCUAGCAGGUGCUGUCUGUCGCUCUCCUCUUGGUAUCCCUGCUUCAUUAGGCUGGUCACAAACUGAAACAUGGUCUGGAUCACAAAAGAUACAUAUUGAGCUGGGUCAGGGUCCCCAUGGGUGAAGGAUAUUCAUUCUUUCAACAAAGUUUUAAAUUGUGUGGAAGGGAAGUAUGAUUUUGUAUGCAGACAACACAAUCACCAUCUUAUGUGUGUGUGUCCUGCUUGACUUUCCACCCAGGGCCUUAGAAAUACUAGUUGGUAGUACAUUGUCUGUGUGAAACAGUGCUAUUAAAUAUUGUUUGGCUGUCCACAAAUAUGCACCAAAGUUGGAGGAUAUCGAAUGAGGAUUUGCAGGAAGAUAUGGAAUCAAAUAAUUCUCUUAAUAAAAGAUGUUCGGUGUUCAUAUAUGAAACAUUGCAAUUAACCAGUUGCUUAAAGAAAAGGUGAGCGGUGAGGAAAACAUAUUUAUUGGAUUAAAUUUAAGGCUUGUAGCAGUUAUCAGUGCUCAAUUUACUAGAACAUUAUUACAUCAAUAUGUUUUGAAUGACUACUGAUGUACAAACAAUAUUGUAUAUGUGAUAUUUUUUUUUUUUUAAAUGUUUGAUAAGUAAUGGUGUUUAGUAAUCCCAAAUAGGAUGAGCCUAAUGUUUGGCAUGACAUAGAAAUACAAUUAAAACGGACUAAAU